UUUACCUACUAUCAACCACAAGUUCCUAUUCACGCACAGGCGUGUCUUUACAGCCCGCAUUUCUUGGCGGAGUAAAGCUGCUGUCAGCCCCACCCCUUACAAACAACCUCAUCACCGUUGUAGCUAAAUCAGGAAGCACCGACAAAACGUUUUUCUUUUUCUUUUCUUUCCUUUCUUUUUUUCAACGUAGACGCUUUGGUGAUUACAGCAGCGGCGAACCGCAAAGGGGGACAGGCGUUAUUGUCGCUGGUGUUGACGGCCACUGUUGAGAGAAGACUGACAGUUGGUUCCAUCCAGUACAAGGCUCAGCUGUGGAUGCAUUUGACACAGCCUAAGCGGAGAGGGUCUCUGUCACCAGCAUGGGCCAGCAUCUAGGAAAGAAGGAGCCACCCACUGACAACAAGGCUUCGUCACCUGGACCCAAAGCAGUGCAGACAACAGCAGCAGGAGCAGAACCUGAAUCACAAGAUGAAGUCUUUGGCUUGGUUGAGGCAGAUGCGAGCAAGAACAAUGGCUGCAUCUCGACGAAGCCGGUGGUGACUGACUCCACGGGCGCUGAGGGCCCCUGCCAUCCCUGGCCUCCCGCCAGCACAGCUGACCCUGACGCCGCUACACCACGCCCCCACCUGGUCCGCCUCUUCUCCAGAGAUGCCCCGGGCCGAGAGGACAACACCUUCAAAGACCGACCCUCUGAAUCGGACGAGCUGCAGACCAUACAGGAGCACAGUGGAGCGGCUUCAGAGUGUGGGUCAGAGAGCCCCGAACAGGACCUAGAAUAGGCUUAGCUUUUUUUCCUCUCCC